UAUCCCGAACCUCAUCCACGCUCUCUCUCUCCCUCCACUCAUUCCACUCUUUCUUUGGUACCAGAAGAACAUCUCAGAGACAUGUAGAUAAGACUCAAAAGAAAAACCAAAACCACAUAGCAGACUCUCUUUUCUACUCUUCACCUUCUCUUCUCUACCAUUGUUUGUCCUUCCAGGAGCCCAAAAACCCGGUAAAAACCAUGUCCUGCUCAAAUUUGACAAUGUGGGUGCCUUCAAAUCCUUCUCUUUCUGAUGCUUCUUCACUCUCUUUCCGCUCCUUUCUCAACCCUUUUCAGCUUCCUUCCCAUAAUUCACCCUCUUGCAGCCCCUCUCGAUCGGGGACCCUGAUCCACUGUGGUCUUCGUGAGUUGCGAGGCCGUAUUGAUUCUGUAAAAAACACCCAGAAGAUCACUGAGGCUAUGAAGCUUGUUGCUGCUGCUAAAGUCAGAAGAGCCCAAGAAGCCGUGGUUAAUGGCAGACCCUUCUCAGAAACUCUGGUAGAAGUUCUAUACAACAUCAAUGAGCAGCUACAAACUGAAGACAUAGAUGCCCCUCUCACCAACGUUAGGCCUGUCAAAAAGGUUGCCUUGGUCGUUGUCACCGGUGAUAGGGGUCUUUGUGGCAGUUUCAACAAUUCAAUUAUUAAGAAAGCCGAAGCCAGGAUUGCUGAACUGAAGGGUCUUGGUCUUGAUUAUACCGUUAUUAGUGUCGGUAAAAAGGGCAACACAUACUUCCUUCGGAGGCCUUAUAUUCCGGUUGAUAAGUUUAUUGAAGGUAACACACUCCCUACUGCUAAAGAAGCGCAGGCCAUUGCUGAUGAUGUUUUCUCACUCUUCGUUAGUGAAGAGGUGGAUAAGGUGGAACUUUUGUACACCAAAUUCGUGUCGUUGGUCAAGUCCGAUCCAGUUAUUCAUACCUUGCUUCCUCUCUCGCCCAAGGGAGAGAUUUGUGAUGUUAAUGGAACGUGUGUGGAUGCUGCUGAGGACGAGUUCUUCAGGCUUACAACCAAGGAAGGGAAACUGACGGUGGAGAGAGAUGCUGUAAGGACUCAGACAGCGGACUUCUCGCCCAUAUUGCAGUUUGAGCAGGACCCAGUUCAGAUUCUCGAUGCUUUGCUGCCUCUCUAUUUGAACAGCCAGAUUUUGAGGGCAUUGCAGGAAUCACUAGCUAGUGAGCUUGCUGCUAGGAUGAGUGCCAUGAGCAGUGCAACUGAUAAUGCAAUAGAGUUGAAGAAGAACUUGUCUAUGCUCUACAAUAGGGAACGCCAGGCUAAAAUCACGGGUGAGAUAUUGGAGAUUGUUGCCGGUGCCAAUGCUUUGACUUAGUGAAUCAAGUAUACAGCUUUGUUACUGAGCUCUUACUUAUUUCCAUGGUCACUUGGCAGGAAAGUACAUAUAUACUUGUUCUUGUUUGUAUAAUUCACCGGUCUAUGGCUUUCAAAAUCCGAAAUGGCUGCUGUGAUAAGUAAUGCCCAAACAGGUUGUAUCUUGCAGACCGAGUUUCAAUGAACUGAUAUUUCCAAUAAAAGAUGUUUGGACCAUUUCUUGAU